UUGCCAACAAAAUUAAAUCAAAACAAUAUGAGGGCAUGUAAAGCACCACCCAUUCCCCAUCUUCUCCCGACCUCUUCUUCCUCAACUCAACCAGCAAACGUAAAAUGGCCAUUGCUGAGCAGGCGCUUGGUUCUCUUGUCACUUCCUUUGUCUACUUUUCUGCUCCCAAGUAAAGCUAGCUGUAGUGUCACCAACAGUACCAAUGUAAAUUCAACAACUCCUUCUGGUUCCACUUCUUCUGCUCUCACAAGCUUCAACCCGAUAAGCGCUGCUGAGAGAGAUGCAAGCGAUGCAAUUUCUCGAAGAAUAUCGGAUGCCUUGGAGUUGUUGGAGAAAGGGAGGGAGCUACAGGCUCUGGGUGACUUUGACCAAGCUCUUGUCUGUUUUACUCAGGUGAUUGAGAAGUACAAUGACUUUGCCUUUUCAGACUAUGCAAGAGUAGGCAGAUCCUUGGUUUUGUAUGAGGUUGGCAACAGAGAAGAUGCAAUUGCAGAGAUGGAGGAUGUUUCCAUAUCUUUGAAGGGAUAUCCAGAAGUGCAUGCAGCUCUAGCAGCAGCCUUGUAUGUCGACAAACACGCCCCACUGCUAGCAGAAAAUCAGUUCACAAUUGCAACGCUUCUUGAUCCUCACUAUACGGACCUCUCAUAUGUCAAAGAAAUGAAGCAUUGGCCUCCAAGUUUGGUUAGUUCAUUGCAGCACUUCAUCACACUUUCCUAGUAGAAUUAUGUUUUAUGUAAUUCUGUUACGAACUACUCAACAGUCACGGCGAUGUUUGGUAUCUAUUGGUCACCUACAAAUUGUAAAUACUUACGCUAAGAAAUAUUAUCAUUGUAACUUACGAUAUGGUUUCCGGUGAUAAACCAAGUGAAAACGAAUGAAUCUUUCUUAUACAA